AUGGCGGACGAAGCAGUGGACGUGAGCAAGCUCGAGGCCGAAGCCGCAAGUCUGGCGGACAGGGCGACAAGGGGCGAGCACGAUGGCGAGACCGCAGAAGCAGCUGCUGCUGAAGAUUCCGUGGAAGCCGUGGACGCGGAGAUCGAAGACAUGAAGCGUCGCGUGCGGGAGAUGGAGGAAGAAGCGGCCAAGCUGAGCGAGAUGCAGUCGGAAGUCGAGUCGCAGAUGGGCCACAGUAUGUCGUCGGGUCUCAAUGAUUCGGGCGGCAGCAACGCGUCAGGGAGCGCUCCGUCGGCUGCUCAAGUGGAAGACACGUCCAUUUACAUUGGCCAAGUGGACUACGGGAGCACUCCCGAAGAGCUCCAAGCACUGUUUCAAUCGUGCGGGACCAUCAAUCGAGUGACGAUCCUCUGUGACAAGUUUACGGGGCAGCCCAAGGGUUACGCGUACAUUGAAUUCGCCUCUCGUGACGCUGUCGAGAGCGCGCUGCUGCUGAACGAUACCAUGUUCCGUGGCCGACAGCUUAAGGUCACGCCCAAGCGAAUGAAUGUGCGUGGGUUCAACAUAGGACGUGGAUUCCACCCGUUUUACUAG